CUAUGAGGAUUAUAAUGGCAGUGAUGGGUGCAGUGAUACUAAGUAUCAGUGUGGGAAUGGAAUGUGCAUUCCCCAGGGCUUCGUCUGUGAUGGUGAUGACGACUGCAGUGACAGGAGUGACGAGAGGAACUGCACUCCAACUUCACACGACUUUGAGCACGUCUUUGGCUAUGAGGAUUAUAAUGAUUUGUUUGACUUCAUCAAUCAAAUCAGUGAUGGGUGCAGUGAUAAUGAGUAUCAGUGUGGGAAUGGAAGGUGCAUUCCCCAGCGCUUCGUCUGUGAUGGUGAUGACGACUGCCGUGACAGGAGUGACGAGAGGAACUGCAGCAGUGAUGGGUGCAGUGAUACUAAGUAUCAGUGUGGGAAUGGAAUGUGCAUUCCCCAGGGCUUCGUCUGUGAUGGUGAUGACGACUGCAGUGACAGGAGUGACGAGAGGAACUGCACUCCAACUUCACACGACUUUGAGCACGUCUUUGGCUAUGAGGAUUAUAAUGAUUUGUUUGACUUCAUCAAUCAAAUCAGUGAUGGGUGCAGUGAUAAUGAGUAUCAGUGUGGGAAUGGAAGGUGCAUUCCCCAGCGCUUCGUCUGUGAUGGUGAUGACGACUGCCGUGACAGGAGUGACGAGAGGAACUGCACCUUCUCCAAUCCCCACCUCAGGGUGGCCAGAUGGAUGGACAGUGAUGAUAAUGUCAUGGUUGGAUGUGUCCAUGAGUGGCACCAAAGAGGCCAUUUUUUCUUGACCAUUACGGAAGGAACAAAUAUCACCACAUAUGACCCAGACAUGAUCACGGUCAAAGCAAGCUUCUUUAAUAUCAAUGUAACCCCACCUGCUUCCAUCACCUGUGCAUUCAACAUACUUGGACAAACUCUUACGAGUGAAGAGUACACACUUGGUGCACAUUACGGUUCAGAGCCACAAACACCACCAGUGCCUCUCUCCUACCAGAUGUUUGCAGGAUUCACUAGCCUUGUUCUCAUCACCAUGACCAUGGUGGUCAUUGUGUUCACCUUUAGAGGAAAACAGGGAGCAGGACCAGACAAGACCACAGAAUGCAACAUCUAUGAGGAAACCAUCACAGUGUAAUCUUUUAUGGCCAAUUCUGCGCAAAACUGUCACAUUCAUAACGUCAACACAAGUGGUAGUGUUAGUGGUACAAAGGCCUUCUGCAUACAUGCAACAGUAAAAGUGCAGAAGAUUGAGAUUUCUGAGUACUCUUGUGUAAAAUGUAAAGUAAGUAAAAGUAAAAAAGUAUUUUGAUUUAUGUACAAAAAUGUAAAAUAAUGAUCUCAGGCAGGUACUGUAUACUGUGGUGUCCUGUUGAGUCAUAAGGGGAACCCUUUUGAUCAUUAGUGUGUGUAUAGUGUGAAGGGUGAUAAGCUUAGCAAUUUACAGGAACAGAUACUGCUAUUGUCUGGUCCUGCUAUAAUGAUCUCAGGCAGAUACUGUACAUAUAUUGUGGUGUCCUGUUGAGUCAUAAAAGGAACCCUUUUAGUGGGAUCAUUAGUGUGUGUAUAGUGUGAAGAGUGAUAAAAGCUUAGCAAUUUACAUUGCUGUGAUAUCUGUAACUAAAGUUAAAUAGAAUGCUUGUUCCACGAAAUCACGAAAAGGAAAGAAAAUAAAUACUGUUUGGAUUUAAA